AUGCCGAGCCGUCAGAAGCAGGUCCUGUUCUCGGUGUCCGGGCUGCUGGGCUUCUCGUGCGCGCUCACGGCCGCCAUGGCCGCGGGUCUGCCGCUCUGGCUCCGCGGGACCGUGCUGUGCCGCACCGGGGCCGAGCUGGUCAACGCCACCGGACCCGAGCUCGACAAGUUCCUGGGAGGCCUGAGCUACGGACUGUUCCAGGGGGAGAGGGUGAAGCAGUGCGGGCUGGGAGGGAGACCGUCCCGCUUCUCCUUCUUUCCCGACCUGAUGAGCGUGAUCCCGGCCGGCCUCCACAUCACCGUCAUCUUCUUCUGUGGUGUCGUGAUCCUCUUCUCCUCUGUGGCCACCGGCUUCUUCUUCUUCAACGCCUUCGGCAGACCCUACGAGACGCUGCAAGGCCCCCUGGGACUUUACCUGUGGACCUUCAUCUGCUGUGAGCAACACAACCACACACUCCACCGACGCUAA